ACCCGAUUUUCGUCUUUUUCUCUGCCCGCAGCACUUUCGGUCCGUACACUCAACUUGGCGGCACGAGCUUUUGCAGAUCUCGAAACGCCCUCCCUCUCUCUGAACUUACUCGCCGGAGCUCCAGAGGCUAUGGGUGUGCCAGCCUUCUACCGGUGGCUCGCCGACCGAUACCCUCGCUCGAUUGCCGAUGUGGUGGAGGAAGAGCCAGUCGAGGGCCCCAAUGGCGUCCUCCUGCCGAUCGAUGUCUCCAAGCCCAACCCUAACGGCAUGGAGUUUGACAACUUGUACUUGGAUAUGAAUGGCAUAAUUCAUCCAUGCUUUCAUCCCGAAGGCAAGCCUCCGCCUGCUACUUAUGAUGUUGUAUUCAAAUCCAUUUUCGAUUACAUUGACCAUCUCUUCUCAUUGGUUAGGCCAAGAAAGGUUCUUUACAUGGCAAUUGAUGGCGUUGCACCUAGAGCUAAAAUGAACCAGCAACGCUCUCGGCGGUUCAGAGCUGCAAAAGAUGCUGCUGAGGCCGAAGCUGAAGAAGAAAGAUUGAGAAAAGAGUUUGAAGCUGAGGGGCAAAGCUUGUUGCCUAAGGAAAAGCCUGAAACAUGUGACUCUAAUGUUAUCACUCCAGGAACUCAAUUUAUGGCAGUGCUUUCAGUAGCGCUUCAGUAUUAUGCACAGUCAAGAUUGAAUCACAACCCAGGAUGGAGGUUUACAAAGGUUAUUCUAUCUGAUUCGAAUGUUCCUGGUGAGGGAGAACACAAAAUUAUGUCAUACAUCCGGCUACAACGCAAUUUACCUGGUUUUGAUCCAAAUACUCGACAUUGUCUGUACGGUCUGGAUGCAGAUCUGAUUAUGCUCAGUCUAGCAACACACGAGGUCCACUUUUCGAUUCUAAGAGAGGUAAUUAUGCUACCUGGGCAACAGGAGAAAUGUUACAAUUGUGGCCAAGUUGGUCAUUUUGCAGCUGAGUGUCGUGGAAAGCCUGAUGGACCUGAAGAUUGGAAUGCAGCAGAUGAAACUCCAAUUCAUAAGAAGAAAUAUCAGUUUCUCAACAUUUGGGUUUUACGAGAAUACUUGGAGUACGAAUUGGACAUUCCAAAUCCACCUUUUGAGGUUGAUUUUGAGCGGAUAGUGGAUGAUUUUGUGUUUUUGUGUUUCUUUGUUGGCAAUGACUUUCUUCCACAUAUGCCAACCUUGGAGAUAAGAGAGGGUGCUAUUAAUCUGCUGAUGCACAUAUAUAGAAGGGAGUUUCCUUCUAUGGGUGGUUAUCUUACUGAGGCGGGUGAGGUCAUGUUAGAUAAAGUGGAACAUUUUAUCCAAUCUGUAGCUGUACAUGAAGACCAAAUCUUUCAAAAAAGAGCUCGAAUUCAGCAGGCACAAGAGAACAAUGAAGAAAUGAGAGGUAGAGCAAGAAGAGAGAAUGGUGUUGUACCCCCAUUUUCAACUGUUGACAAGAUUAAGUUGGGGGAGCCUGGCUACAAGGGGAGGUAUUAUGCUGAGAAGUUCAAUGCUUCAAGUCCAGAACAUAUCGCUGAAAUAAAACAAGAUGUGGUCCUGAAAUAUGUGGAGGGUUUAUGUUGGGUCUGUCGAUAUUACUAUUCAGGAGUUUGCUCUUGGCAGUGGUAUUAUCCUUAUCAUUAUUCGCCUUUUGCCUCUGACCUAAAAAACUUGGCUGAUUUGGAGAUAACCUUUUUCAUUGGAGAGCCAUUUAAACCUUUUGAUCAACUGAUGGGAACUCUACCAGCUGCAAGUUCGAGUGCUCUACCUGAGAAAUACAGAAAGUUGAUGACAGAUCCAUCAUCUCCUAUCCUUGAAUUUUAUCCUUCUGAUUUUGAGAUUGACAUGAAUGGCAAGCGUUUUCAAUGGCAGGGUGUUGCCAAAUUGCCUUUCAUUGAUGAGAGAAAGUUGCUUGCUCAAACUAGGAGACUUGAAGGCUCUUUAACGGAAGAAGAGAAGAAUCGGAAUAGUGUGAUGCUUGAUCUGCUUUAUACACAUUGUACCCAUCCAUUGUCUGCACAGAUUUUCUCUUAUUUCCAAGUUACUUGUCAACUACCUCCACCUGAAAGAACUUGUUGGGCGAUUGACACUAAUGUCAGUGGUGGGAUGAAUGGAUUCCUCUGGUUGUGUGAGAGAAAUGUAUUCCAUAAUGUUGUCCCAUCACCAAUCAACGGUUUUCCUGAUAUCCAGUGUAAUCAAGUCGUAAAUGUUACAUAUCUUAAUCCUCAGAAUCACAAACACAUCCCCAAACCUCCAAAGGGCGUAGUCAUGCCCAAAAAGGUUGUAAGUCCCGUGGAUAUCAAACCGUUCCCGACAUUAUGGCACGAAGACAAUAGUUCCCGGCGCUAUCAUGGCAGAGAAAGGCCUCAAGUACCUGGAGCUAUAGCUGGUCCUCUAUUGGGAGAAGCAGCUCAUCGUCUUGUAAAGAACACUCUUAAUAUCAAACUUAAUGGCUCAUCGUCGGGAAUGUUUGAACAACCCUAUUCUCGGAAUUUGCCGGGUCAUGUUAUGUUUUCUAGACCACGACAGGUUGGACCUGCAGGUUACGAAACUGGGUACGGUGAAGAGCCGAAUUAUAACUAUGGGCACCAUAAUAAUAACUAUGGUGUAUCGGCUAGGCCAAGAUAUCCCCACUCAUCAAACAAUAUGCCAGGCGACAGGCAAAGUUUCAGAGCAAACGAUAAAGUACAGCAUCAGGAACGAUACAACAACGUGAGGACUGGAAUGUCCGCUUUGACAAUUGAAGAGAGUGUGAAGAAUCGGUCUGCUGACGUGUUAACUCCCAGCCUUCCUCCAGUGGCGUUGCUGAAGAUGCCGAGCAUUGGAAAUUCAGCAGCAAACCAACAAAAUUUUGUCCUGGCUACUGACGCUCUUCCUUCACCACCUCACAAAUGGAUCAAUAGAGCUCCAAAUGUAAGUAUGAUUAAUGCAAGACAACAGGAUGAGAAGCAAAUGAAACAAGUUUAUCUGGCGAAGACUCCGGCAGGCCAGAGUGGGUCAGGUUCCGGAAGCAAGCAGUAAUCGUUGAUUGUUCUUGUUAAGUCACCCCAAAUAUGAAAAGCAUUUUUAGCAUUCCACAACUUGCACCUAACGAGGGACUUGAGAGAGGCACACCCUAACAGGUAUUUCGAGGCAAGUCAUGCGAGCUGAUCAUCCAUUUGGUGGAGUCGCUUCUUGAAUUCUAAUCACAGAAGUUCCUUUUUAGCGGCUGAGCACGACAUGUUAUUUGUGCAAGAACAGAUUCAAGCCAAAAAAGGGGUAAGAACAUUUAAUGAAUUUUGUGCAUAUUGUACCAAUGAAUCGUGCAUAACUGUAGUGUAAUCUACAAGGUUUACCUCUAGAAAUUUGUCCAACUUAGUUUGGGGUUUUGAAGAGGAAUUGUAGAGUAGAGAUGUUGAUAUCAGAGCACAGAAGAUAAGAAUAGUUCACAGGUUAUCUAUGUAUCUUUUAUUUUUUUUUCAAAGCAAAAAAACAUGGCCAAAGAGGCAAGGCAAGGGAUUAGACAAACUCGUACCUUUGAUCACAUUUUAUUUUGGUGCUUAUUGGAGCAUUUGGUUCGUUUCGA